AACGUUAAUUUAACUCUUCAUCAUUUAUUUUUGAUCUUCUUCAACUUUACGACUUUCUUACUGUAUAUGAGAGAGGUACCAGUAUGAGUGCUGAUUUAAAAACAGAAUUGAAUAAGCUGACAAACGUGGAACACGUGGCGACGCAGCUAUACGCCAAAAUUAAGGAUUCUAAGCUGGAAGAGAAUUUGCCUUUUGGGGAUCAUAACGAUGAUGAUUUGACCAAGCUGCAAGUCGAAAAUACGAAACUCAAACACCGCUACGCUAUAAUUAAAAAAAGUAUUUUAAGCUUACAGUCACAGACCACUUCUGAAAUGCAAUACGAUGAUACUUUUGCCAUUACGGAACAUUUGGAAAAAGUUUUUGCACAAGCAAUAGCCACAGCCUAUCCACGCUUCUCCAAGGUUCCAGUAAUUAUUGCAGCUGUGAAUGCGUCCCCCAAAUUCGGAGAUUACCAGUGCAAUAAUGCCAUGGGAUUAUCCAAGAAAAUGAAAGAUGAAGGCAUCAAUAAGUCUCCACGUGAUAUUGGCCUAGAGAUCCAGAGAUGCUGUCCGGCAUCCCCAAUUAUAGAGAAGAUCGAAGUGGCCGGUCCUGGUUUCGUUAACAUUUUUCUCAGCAAGGAAUUCGCGGUGAGCUCCUUAACCCGUAUGUUGCGUGAGGGCGUUAAGCCGCCAAAGGUGCCAAGGAAGCGCAUCCUAGUCGAUUUCUCUUCGCCAAACAUAGCAAAGCAGAUGCACGUCGGCCAUUUACGCUCCACAAUAAUUGGCGAGUCAAUUUGCCGGCUACUAGAGUUUUUGCAGCACGAUGUUAUACGCAUAAAUCAUCUGGGCGAUUGGGGUACGCAAUUUGGCAUGCUAAUAGCACAUCUGGAAGACUGCUUUCCCAAUUUUCUGAACGAAAGCCCACCCAUCGGAGAUCUACAGGAAUUUUAUAAGGAAUCCAAGAAGCGUUUUGAUGCCGAUGAAAGUUUCAAGAAACGGGCCUACAACCGCGUCGUUACUCUGCAAAGCGGCGAGCCCGCAGCAACGAAAGCCUGGCAACAAAUAUGUGAUGUGUCGCGUAAGGAAUUUCAGAAAAUUUAUAAUCGCUUAGAUGUGACAAUCCAAGAACGCGGCGAAUCAUAUUAUCAGUCACGCAUGUUGACGGUAGUUGAGUUUCUGCGGAAUAAGGGUUUGCUGGAGCUAGACGACGGCCGGGAAAUCAUGUGGCCGGAUGUUAAUAAGAGUGGAAUUCCUUUGACAAUUGUAAAAUCUGAUGGGGGCUUUACAUACGAUACUUCGGAUAUGGCAGCUAUAAGGUGUCGGCUUGAAGAAGACCGCGCCACUUGGCUAAUUUAUGUCGUGGACGCCGGUCAAAGCACUCAUUUUAAUGGAAUUUUUAAGGCCGCAGAGCGGUCUGGCAUUUUAAAUCCGAAUAUUCAUCGUGUCGAUCACGUGCAGUUCGGAGUGGUAUUAGGUGAGGAUGGUAAAAAGUUUAAAACACGAUCGGGUGAUACUGUGAAGCUGUCCGAUCUGCUUGAUGAGGGAUUGAAGUACUCCUUGAAGCAGUUACAGGAAAGGGGUCGUGACCAAAUACUGACACCUAAAGAGUUGGUCGAAGCUCAAGAAGCGGUCGCAUACGGUUGUAUCAAGUACACGGAUCUGUGCCAUAACCGUAUUAGCGAUUAUAUAUUUUCAUUUGAUAAAAUGCUCGAUGAUCGUGGAAAUACCGCGGUAUAUUUGUUAUAUACAUAUACACGCAUCUGCUCGAUUGCUCGCAACUCUGGUGAAGAUUUCAGCAAUCUGGGUGAGAUUUUAGAUAAAUUCAAAAUUGUUUUGGAACACGAAAAAGAAUGGAAACUCGUGAAAACCCUGCUCAAAUUGCAUGAUGUUUUAAUGAAGUGUGCAAAUGGCCUAUUUCUGCACUUUCUUUGUGAGUUUUGUUAUGAGGUCUGCACUGUGUUUGCCGAGUUCUAUGACAGUUGCUAUUGCAUUGAGAAAAAUAAGGCUGGCGAAAUCACUAAGAUUAAUCACAGCAGAAUUUUAAUUUGUGAGGCGACAGCCGCCGUUUUGCGAACAUGUUUUCAUAUAUUGGGCCUAAAACCUGUUGCUAAAAUUUAAUACAGGCGGCGUUUUUUAAAAAAAUGCUUUAUUGAGCUGUAUGCUAAAUGAUAUGUAUCUAACGAAACAAUUAAUAAACUACUCGGAUUUUUCCAAAAACAA